AUGAGAGUUAUCCUUGCGUCAAACAGGGGAACUCUUAUGGAAUUGGGUAUUUCUCCCAUUGUGACAUCUUCCAUGGUGAUGCAAUUGCUUGCAGGUUCUAAGAUUAUAGAUGUGGAUCAAUCAUUGAAAGAAGAUCGCGACCUCUACCAGGCUGCUGAAAAAUUGUUCGGGUUGCUAGUAACGCUAGGCGAAGCCGUUGCCUAUGUAGUCAGUGGUAUGUAUGGACCCGUGUCUGAGAUAGGAGUUUUCAAGAGCACUAUUAUAAUACUGCAACUCUUUAUGGCUGGAGUAGUUGUUAUAUUGUUCGACGAGAUGUUGCAAAAGGGAUACGGUCUUGGUUCUGGGAUCUCACUGUUCAUUGCAACUAAUAUAUGUGAGACUAUUUUAUGGAAAGCGUUUAGCCCAACGACCAUUAGCACUGAUAAGGGAACAGAAUUUGAGGGCGCUUUGAUAUCCCUUUUCUAUUGUUUUUUUACAAAGGGAAACAAGUUAUCUGCCUUCCAAGAUGCGUUUUAUCGUUCACACGCUCCCAAUGUUACAAAUCUUUUGGCUACGGCUCUCAUUUUCACCAUCGUUAUAUACCUACAAGGUUUCAGGGUCGACUUGCCCAUAAAACACCAAAAUAUGCGUGGACAGAGGAGUACAUAUCCUAUAAAACUAUUUUACACCUCGAACAUCCCAAUCAUCCUGCAAACUGCGCUUGUAUCCAACUUGUACUUUUUCUCCCAACUAAUUUACAGAAGGUUCAAGAAUAAUUUGUUUGCCAAUAUUUUAGGUCAAUGGCAAGAAACCGAGCAUGGUUCGUCAGUUCCCGUAGGAGGCAUCGCAUACUAUAUUUCCCCGCCCAUAAAUUUCAAGGAAAUCAUAAACGACCCAGUUCAUACAUUGGUGUACAUAACGUUCGUCCUGGUAUCGUGUGCUGUAUUCUCUAAGACGUGGAUCGAAAUUUCUGGUUCGUCGGCAAGAGACGUUGCCAGGCAACUAAGGGAUCAGCGGAUCGGAAUGGUUGGGCACCGGGACUCUCCACCGUCACUGACAAAGGUUUUUGGGAGGUAUAUCCCAACAGCAGCCGCUUUUGGAGGCAUGUGUAUAGGAGCCCUAACCAUAUUAGCCGAUUUCUUGGGGGCCCUCGGAAGUGGAACUGGUAUUCUACUCGCCGUCACCAUCAUAUAUCAAUACCAUGAAAUGAUGGUGAAGGAACAAGAGAGGAGUGGCUCACUUAUGUACGCUUGA